AUGCCGCAUCGCUCGACGUCUUCCUCGUCCUCGGCAAAGGAUUCGGUACUCAGCCCACCCUACUCUCCGUCUCGCCGUCCGCAAGGUCAGCCGCGCACUAGUCGCAUGCAAUACAGCGCGUGUGGCGCGUGCCGGAUGCGCCGGGUGCGGUGUGAUCUGAAAGAUCAGCCCUACAACGGAGCCGGAACACCUCAGUGCGGCAAUUGCACAGAACGGGGCCUCCGCUGCGUGGAUGAAUUCGCCGAUGUCAAGGCCGUCAAACUCCUCCGACGAGGCCGACGCUUACAGCAGGUCGAACAAGUGUAUGGGAAGAGUGCAGACGAGGCCGGCCUCUACGCUCUACCAAACCUCACACCCAACCUUAUCCCCAAGUUGAAGCAAGAAUUCUUCACUUCGAAUUUCUUUCACAGGCUGUUCAUCCAACAUCCUAUCAUCGAUCCCACGGAGUUCCUCUCCAGAUUCAUUGAGUUUGGGAAGGGAAACACUAAUGCCCUCGGUGUUGCCGGUCAGCUCAUCGCCAUGGUUCUCGUCAUCUGGGGUGUCAGCUUCGGUGUGAACGAAUAUGGCAUCGAAGAAGCUAAAUCGGACCCCGUGAGCGUCCGGCACCGACGCGACAUCACGAACGAACUCGUUCGGGAAGUGUUACAACUCCUUGACAUCCAUGCGAUCCUUAGGAAGCCGUCUUUUGACGGCGUACGCGCAGUCAUGCUCAUCCUGCCGCUUACAGAAGAUGUUCAGUCGCCGGUGGAGAGAUUGGCUAUGCAUGAGCUAGUGGUCACACAGGUGAUCACGCUCUGCAAUCUGUCGUCGGUCGCGCCGGGUAGCCUCUCGCAAACCGCCGACUCUUUCGUUCGCGCCCGCAUCUUCUGGUACAGCCACAUCAUCGAGGGUGUAACUACUGGCCUCCGCGGUGGCAGGACCGUCUUGACUGAGCAGGAUCUUCGAGACUUCAACGAAGGCUUGCAGCUUUCUGACGCGGUAUCUUCCUCGCCUUCACACACCCAGCAGCCGCUCAACUGGUGGUCUAUGUUCACCGCCGCGCCUCUUCAAAUUGCCAACGCGUGCCGUUGUAUCCACUCGCGUAUCGCGAGCCCACGAUUGCGCCUAGGCAGCAGCUUGGAUGAUGCAGGUGUCCGCGCGGCUUGGGAGCUUCUCGAUAAGAGCUGGUUGGAUCUCGAUCAGCUCCGGUCUCAGUCACGGCCUAGCAUUCCAUUCGUACACGAUGAGGAUAUCGCGCGCUACUGCGACGGCUGGAAGAUCUUCAUCUUCGAGUGCCACUCCGUCAUCCACGAAGCAAUCAAGCAGCGUGGACUCGUGCACUCCUCAUCUGGCUCUUUGAACGGCGAUUCGUCCUCUCUUUUUGAAACAUCGCUCGUUCGCUGUCACACACUCUCUCGCAAGGUUGUCGCCGUCGUCCAGCAACAGUUACACUCCAGCUCGACCUUUCUCGAUUACGACUCGACGCUUGCGCGUGAGGGCAUCUUUGCGGCCGGGUUCUUCCUUGCAGCGGAGGAUGGGGCAGAGGAAGAUGUUGGAUGUUGUGUCAAAGCGCUCAAGUCCAUGCGUUGGGCUUUCUGCAACGCGGAAGAACGCGUCAAAACGAUCUCGAUGGCUUGGGAGGCGCGCAGGUCGCGUACUCGUCAGUCUUCACCGUCGGCCUCGUCCGUCAGUUCUGACGGAUCACACUCCGAGCAUCACGCUCGCCCCGUUCCUUCUCCUCUCGCCAUCUCUACUCAGUUUCCGGUCACAUUCGGCGGAACAGAGCCCAGCACUCCAUAUAACGACGGCCGCCAACUCACGCCACCCGACUCCGCAAACUCCAGCGUGCAUUCGUUCUUGAGCCUGCAGGAGUUCCCAAGCGCCUUCUCGGCACGGAGCUCCCCCGCAUCCAGUCAUCGACCAUCCGUGAACUCCUCACCUGCGUCUGGCGUCAACAACGGCUUUGUUGCGCCCGCUCUUCUCCAUUCAGGAUACUCCCAGCGAGAAAACGGUGCCCCCAACCACAUCUACGACGAUCUGAUCGCACCGCACAGUCUGGCGCCGCACGGCCAUACCAUUCAACCUAUGACUUCGGGUAUACACUUUCGCCCGGGUUUGCCAGCCGGUGGCGUCAAUCUACACGACCUCAACACAGGUUAUGCACCGGGAAGCGCAGUCCUUUUUGACCCGCGCACAUACGCGUUUCCUGGCGAGUCGCAGCCCAUGAACAUGCAACACGCCAGCUCGGAUGUGCUCGGAGCACCUUUCGAUCUCAUGUUCUGA